AACCGCCUGCUUAGAACAAAGAGCCGAGUAAUAGCGCGGAAGGAAAAAAACGUGGUAAAAAUAUAUUUUGUUUACAUGAUUUUCCGUAGUUUUAAGGGUUUGGGUUUUAAGAAUGUUAUGUGACUAAGACGUCAGUUUUCAUUCUGGCGCCAGCGUGGGCGGCUCCAAGGUCCUUCGUGGAUGGACCCCGGUGUUGUAAACAAGCGGGCGAUGCUUUCAUUAAACUGACGUCUUCAAUUUCAAAUAUAAAACAUCAUUUCACUUCUGCUGCUCACCACCAACUCAUGGCAAAGGAGGAGAGCGAGUUGGAAAAGCGCGCCAUCGAGGAGCUCCUGAGGGAGACUGACAGGGCGCGGGUGCGAGCGGAGACCAUGGGCCCUGCGGGAUGGUUGAAGUGUCCUCUGCGCGGCGCCAACAAGCGCUUCCUCCUCAACACGCUGCGCUCCACGGGGGGGCUGCAGCGCCGUGGCGGCGAGCCCAAAACCUCGGGACAGUCUUCGGGCCGAGGACACGGCGGGACCAGUUCCCCCGAGAGGAGCCGCAGCAGGUCACGGGACAGAAGACGUUCCAGCAAACGUCACCACAGGAGCGCUCGUGAUGGACGCCAGGACGUGGACGGCGAGCGGGAGAGGAGUGGGCGACACCAGGACGAGAGGGAGGACGUGUCCAAGAUGGACGCUCACAAGAAGGACAAACGCUGAAUGGCAGGACUAGAAGACUUUGGACUGGACACACAAAAACAUGUUUCUUUCAGGUCUAGGUUCUAGGUUUUCUUCAUUGAGUCAUGUGACUUGCUAAAAACAUAUUUAUUUCAGGUCUAGGUUCUAGGUUUUCUUCAUUUUCUCACCGGACUUGCUAAAAUGGACUUUUAUUUCAGGUCUAGGUUCUGUUUUUUUCAUUGAGUCAUGUGACUUGUUAAAAAUAACUUUUAUUUGAGGUCUAGGUUCUAGGUUUUCUUCAUUUUCUCACCUGACUUGCUAAAAUUGACUUUUAUUUGAGGCCUAGGUUCUAGGUUUUCUUCAUUGAAUCAUGUGACUUACUAAAAAGAACAUUUAUUUCAGGUCUAGGUUCUGUUUUUUUCAUUGAGUCAUGUGACUUGUUAAAAAUAACUUUUAUUUGAGGUCUAGGUUCUAGGUUUUCUUCAUUUUCUCACCUGACUUGCUAAAAUUGACUUUUAUUUGAGGCCUAGGUUCUAGGUUUUCUUCAUUGAAUCAUGUGACUUACUAAAAAGAACAUUUAUUUCA